AAAGGACCUUCUGACUUCUUUCAAACAUUCUGUUUGAAACAAUUCAAAUAACAACCAUGAUUUCUAUGAUAAUAACUCCCCUCUGGAUUCUUAUUGCCAGUCUUUACAAAACAGGUCUUGUUGAAGCUGCUGAUCUUCAGCAGAAGCCAUCAUUUUUAUCAGCUAAUCUGGGUGAAGCUGUUAAACUUUACUGCACGUUUGAUGAACGAACGAGUAACGAGCGAAUGGUUUGGUAUAAGCAGAAAGUGGGACAGACUCUUCAGCAGGUGGGAAUAAUUUUAACAAAUAAAGAUCACAUGGUUUCAGAUGAGUUCAAACAAUCAGGAAUAAAACUGGAGGUAAACAAGAGCAGCAUUUCUCUGACUAUUCAACACACCACUAAAGACGAUGAAGGAACGUACUUCUGCGGCGUAUCUCAACUGAAUAUGAUUACAUUUUCCACAGGAACUUUCUUAGCUGUGAGAGGUCACCCAAAGUUAAAUGUAUCAGUGCUCCAAACUCCAGUACGGGGGUCAGUUUCUCCAGGAAAGUCAGUCACUCUGCAGUGCACGGUCCUGUCUGAGAUCAGAGCAGCAGAACUCCGAGUGCUCUGGUUCAGAGUUGCUGCAGGACAAUCGUUUCCUGAAAUCAUUUACACUCAUCAGAACAGCAGCAGCCGUCAGUGUGAGAUCAGCUCUUCUACACACAGCUGUGUGUACAACUUCUCCAAGAACAUCCUCGACCACAACCAUACUGGAACUUACUACUGCGCUGUGGCUGCUUGUGGGAAGAUCAUAUUUGGGAAUGGAACCUCAGUAGAACUGAGCAGGUCUGUGGAUCCCAUAGUGAUGCUUUUAGGAGCAGCUUUGGGAGUGUGUGUGGUUGUGUUUUCUGCUAUGGCUAUUUUCAUUUGCAAGAGAACAAAGUCUGAUUACAGCAGUGUGAGGCUUCAACACGGCUCAGUGGUGGAGAACCCAACCAGUCAGGACUCUUCUGCUGUGGAGCUGAUUUAUGUUGCUAAAAGGCUGAGAAUGAAGAGUGGACGUUCUGGACACAGUGUUUACUCUGAAGUCAGAUACUCCUCAGUUACUGACCUCCAUUAAACUCUUUAGCUCCCUUCUGUUGUAUAAGGAUAAAAUUGUGAGGGAUACUUUCAUUUUAGUGACACAUCCUGUGUUUCAGCUGAGCUCCAGUUUAACCUUUGUAAUUCAUAAGCAAUCAAAAAUGUUCUUCAAUCUUUGUCUCUUUUUGAUACUCAUAUAUAUAAAUACAGGGAGAUUCACUCAAAAGAGGCCCCGAAUAUUCUGCUGUAACUCCCGUUAGGAUGAAGCAAUCUGAACCAAAAAAUACGCAACAUACCUUGACGUAUGUGUAAUCAAUUGUAUUACAUGCGAUGCUGGAAGUGAUCUCCGUUUUCUGCCAGGCACAUGAAGGGGUAACUCCAUUUGCCCCCAGAAGUAGCAAACAGAUGUUAAACGUCGCAACGGCUGUCCAGUGCCAACCUCUUCACUCCGACACAGGGCAUCCCAGCUUGUUCCAAUAUCAGACUAAUCUGUUUAUGCUCUGAAUGAAUUCUGUGUUAAAUGCAUGUCAGCUUAUUUCUGUACUUGUUCAAAAACUGCAUCCAACAACUUGCAGCUUCAUGAUCCUUUUAACAGG